AUGUCCAAGAGAACGCUCGAUGCAUACCUUAAACCCCCUCGAUCAGCUGCAAUAGACGCCUCUUCAUCCAAGAAACUUAAAGAGACCGUUCCAGCUUCAGAGGAUACGAAACCAAACUCAGAAGCCUCAAAGCCAGCAGAUACAUAUCCCUCCUACCCAUUUUCUCACCCGCCUGAGCACCGAAGGAAAUCAACGACUAACUCAUCUAGAGCUGCAGUACUACAAGCUAUCCUGCUCCCAACAGCACGUGCAGAUAGAUACUUCAAAUUCCUGCGACGAGCGUUGUUGUUCCACCGCGUGAAGUACACGGUAAAACCCCGACCAAAGGAGACACUCAUCAACACGCCCUACACAGCCGUCUUCGGCGUCGAUGGCACAUCCUACUUCUCUUUACCCCCAGGUCAAAAGGGAGGAACCAAAAUCUUCCUCGACUGGUGGAAAGAAAGCAGUGUCUAUCAAAUCUAUCCUGCAUCUUUCAAGGACUCCAAUGGAGAUGGCAUCGGUGAUCUCAGGGGAAUCAUUUCCAAACUUGACUACAUCCAGGGACUCGGCGUGGAUAUUGUUUAG